CGGUUCAAGUCCUCUUGGACUACAUUUCCCAAUCAGAACUCCGAAUGCAAGCCAAACUGCCUGGAGAGAAUCCUGGACAAACGCACUUGGGCGAGGGGGCCGUUAGGAGUUGUAGUUUUUUUGCCUAAAGCAGCCCUCGCCAAUGCCUGAGCGUGGGAGGAUGAGAGACUACAAGUCCCAGGGGGCGCUCGCGGGGCGUUCGCUAGGCGGCCGGUACGAAAGAGGAACCUGCCUGGUGUGUGACUUCCUCCACCUAGGAAGCUCAGACUACUAUUGUUCCAGAACUGGAGAUGCCCAGCUUACCUGCUAUUUCAAGCUUCAAUGGCCUCUGCUAAGUAAAAAGUCUUCCUAGAGAUUUAUUUAUUUGAGUACACUGCAGCUGUCUUCAUACACACCAGAAGAGGGCAUGGGAUCCUGUUAAAGAUGGUUGUGAGCCACCACGUGGUUGCUGGGGAAUUGAACUCAGAACCUCUGGAAGAGCAGUCAGUGCUCUUAACUGCUGAGCCAUCUCUCCCAUCCUGCCUCUGUCUCCUGAGUACUUGGAUUAAAGAUCUCCCUGCCAGCUCCCCAGCAUGGCACUGCAGUGUCUCAUGCUCCUGACUGGCCUUGUGGUGGGAGGCAUGAGCAAAUCCACAGAAAGCAAGGCCCAGCAACCUGAGUGUUGUAUGGAUGUGGUAGACGUCAAUGCUACCUGCCUAGGUACAGGUCUCUGUGGCCCAGGUUGCUACAGGCACUGGAAUGCAGAUGGGAGUGCUAGCUGUGUUCGGUGCUGGAAUGGGACCCUCCCGACAUACAAUGGCUCUGAGUGCAGAAUUCUCACUGGCCGGGGCAUGCAGUUUCCCAUGAACAGAAGCACAGGGACACCUGGACAGCCACAUUUUGGGGGUCCUCAUGUGGCAGCUUCCCUCUUCCUGGGGACACUCUUCAUCAGCACAGGCCUCAUCCUCUCUGUGGCUGGGUUCUUCUACCUCAAGCGCUCCAGUAAGCUCCCGGAAGUUUUCUACAGGAGAGACAGAGCCCCUGUCCUGCAGCCUGGUGAAACAGCUGCAAUGGUCCCCCUGCCACAGUCUUCAGUGAGAAAGCCAAGAUACAUCAGGCGUGAGCAGCACCCAGAAAAGAAUAGGGAUCCUUCUGCCUUCUCCACAGUAGAGGCCCACAUCAGCAACGUCUGACGUAGAGGUCAACUGAGAUGUCACAAUACAGCAGUGGAGGCCUGGGGCUUAAGAUAUGCCAGAAUUGUCUCCCAAGGACAGACACGUACAAAUGCUGGGGGAUGCUACCCUCCAUGCCAGGAGAUCUUCACUGUGUGGUUUAACAGGAGUAACAUCUGUGAGACCUGAGGACUCAAGAGCAAGUCAUGUGGGGUCUGUGCCCCUUAGGAGUAACAGCAUCUGUAACAGCCGUAACACAGGCCUGAUUCAAAUGAUCAAAACUUCUGGAGCCCACCCACUGGAACUCAUAGCAGACAGCAUCUCUCCUUCACCACCCAGCUAAGAAGAGUGAAACCAAGGUCCCAACAGUGGAGAAAACACAGCCUGGAAACUGGUACCAGCCAUAGGUUGCUCUAGUGUCAGCUGCUACUUAACUGCUGGCCUCUCAAGGCACAUAUUUCUCAGAGUUGCAGAAUUGAGUGUCCUGGGUUUUCUGAUUCCAGAAGCCAUCAGAACCUUGUCUCCCAAGGUCAGACUUCCAUCCAGGCACCUUUCAGGCUGGGCACUCAAAGUAAAAUGUUUACCCAUGGGGUCUCCAUCUCUGAACACUUCAGAUCACUUGUCCCAUUGGGCUUGCGAGAUCAUGCUGGUCAGCAGUCCUGUCUUUGCUGUUCCAAGACUCCAGAAGCUAUGUCUGUGAUCUGCUAGUGUGGCUGGUGGCAUUGGUCAUGUGCUCCUGUAGAAGACAGUGCAAGCCACCCUCCAUGUGUGGUCCAAAGGUGUCUAGCAUCUUCUUCAGCAUCAGGCACACAUCUGAUGUUCCUCACAGUGUUGUGAGUUUGUUUUCCCAGACUUAAACCAGUGGCUCAGGUAGCAGCAGCAAUUUAAAGUUGGACCAAUUAAAUUAGACUAGAUCUUC